UUCCCGAUCUUGCCGCUGACAACACAAAAUAUUAUUGUAGUUAUUAUUACGACUCGCUCACUGCAGUCAGCUAUUAUAUUUGAAGUCAUCCAUACAUUCCAUGCUUAUUCAUUUCCUGGUGUGCUAGUGUGGUAAUAUUCUUUUCUGCUUCAGACUUCAGAAGUGUUGAAUUGUGUGAAAGUAUUACUAUACGUGUUCAUGGACGUGUCGUGGUAUAGAGGGAUCUUUUUCACGUAUAUCGUACAAACUGAGGCAUUAUAUUGGCUUUCUAUAGCCUGAUUAGAAAUGGAUGACAUGUUGGUAUAUGUGUUCAUAUAUGGACUCUGUUGUACACUACAUGGAGCUGGAGCACUCAGCAAUACGGUGAGUGAGAUACGUCUACUUAGUGGUUCAUCAAGCAUCGAGGGCGUGGUUGAAUACCGGUAUGAUAGAAAAACUGGUCUCAUCUGUGAUCAGGACUGGAGUCAUCUUGAGGCAGGGGUAGUGUGUCGCCAGCUAGGCUAUCAGCAAGGACAGAGUCUAAAACCAGUAUCACUUGGACAACUGUCUGGUGUCAUCUGGAACAGGGAUUUCGGAUGUAACGGAACCGAAGAUCGUCUUGAGGAUUGUGCCUUCACGGAUAUAAUCCUACAGGACGGUCAGGACCCACAACAGGUCUGUCACUCAGAUCACAUUGCUCAAGUCUCUUGCGGACCUCCACAUGAUUUCGACAUCCGAUUGGCUGGAAGUAACUACACAGAGCAGGGUCGUUUAGAAGUCUUCCUAGACGGUGAGUGGGGUUCUGCUACCCAUGGCGGAUCAUUUGAUGAGGCCAGUCUCGAUGCCGUAUGUAGGCAGCUUGGGUUUCAAGCCGGAUCAACUUAUCGUCACGAUGAUGGCGUUUUCGAGAGAGGAACUGGAAGAAUUCUGAUCGAUGACUUACAAUGUGACAUGUACACGGGUCCGUUAUCAAUCUUAACAACUGAAAUCUCUCAAUGCAAUGUGGUGCUUACAAACAGUAGUAUAUCAACACGAACGCAUGAAGACGAGAUAGGAGUCAUCUGCUACCCAUAUAAAUCUGUAGCUAAUCAUCCUGUAAGACUAGUCGAUGAACAGGGGGAAAUCAACACGGAUUAUGGACGCGUUGAGGUCUACCACGAUGGAGAAUGGCGUUCUGUAUGCUUGACAAAUUAUAUCCGGUUUUAUUACAAAGUAUGUUUGGAAGUAGACCCGGAUUGGUCUUUCUUCUGGGACAGACUGGAUCUCACUUCUUACAACUUAUCGACAUCCUCAAAGCAGUCUUGGUUUGAGCUUCGAUCUUGUCUUGGACUAGAAAGACUCUAUCAAUGUGAUCACAGUGCAUGGGGUCAAUCAGGACAGUGCCCUGUUCAAAACAUUGCUGGAGUGAGUUGCCGCUUUCCAUUAGUCACUCCCGGACCAACAUUCGAUCCACCGAUGUCUCCUGAUGGGCCCGAGCCAUGGCUAUGGAUUUUAGUUAGCUUCGCAUUUCUCGUUAUCCUAUUCUGCAUAAUCCUUUGCUGCUGGCGUUGUUAUAAAGGGAUACAGUCACACGCUUCUUCUGCUCGUCACUCAUCUUCAACCAACAUGGUCGAAGUCACGGCGACCUAUCCCACAUUGUCGAAUCCUGUUCCUGCAGCUUCAGCUCCAGCUCCCGGCUACCACUGGACCUCAACCACCAAUAAUGACUUGCCUCCAUCGUAUGACUCGGUUGUUGCUGGAUCACAUCCACGAGUAAAAACAAACGGAACAGAGACAGAGGAUACAGGCGGGGAGGGGGGGGGGUAAUUGAAGUACCCCUUGCGACGGAACUCUAGAUAUGACUGUGCCUGAUGAAGGAAUCCAAUGACAUUAAACUGAUGUAAAUUACACGGCCAUCGCCCUUCUGCCGGGAACAUGGGCGUCCCAGUUGGGUUAGCAUUUUGCUUUGUUAAUGAUUAUCAUUUUUAACAUCAACCAAUAAUAAGAUUAUUACUAAUAACAACGGUAAUGGCUGAUGAAUUCUUUUUAUGGCCUUGUACAGGGGUGUGGUUGGUUUUAGGGGGUGUUAAUGGGACACCGUCAUGUUGUCCAUAUUAUGGUAAAAUUUUAGGAUCAUAGUAAAUACCCUUUUUGUUCAACUCCCCUAUGUUUCUUGAACGUGACGUCACUCCAAUAGCGUUGGUAGAUCUGGCUGGAAUAUGAAAGAUACACAAACAUCAAAGCUGUGGUGCAAUUAUGAAAUGAUAUCGGCUGAUGCAUGGUUAUUGUGGAAAAACUUCAUAACAUUUUAUGUGCAUUAAUAUUAUCAUAUCUUAUGUUUGAUUGAGUCAUCAUAAUAUAGGUCUACUUAUUCUUUGCCGUUGGUUAGUCUAGAUUCCAUCAAAUCCGAAGUACAUUGUCUACCGUUCUCAGUUUUUCUGUUUAUAGAAACAGAGUAAGGUAAGUACAGUGUUUAGCCAUCUCGGUUACAAUGGAUGGCAUUAUGGCAGGUGUUUUUUUUAACUAUUCAUGUGCUUGCCUGACAAAGCAACACGCGCCAUAUACCCACUGAAAUGGAGUUGGCCCGACUCGUCAUUUGCCCCCAUUAUAAAUGUAUAUAUUUAAACACUACAAUUAUUCCUACCCUUACCAAACUGUAAUUUUUUAGAGUGUGUGAAAUUUGUCCCGAUUUAUGUUUUUGAGAAGGUGACAUGUAAAGGAAUUCAACCAGUUCACCUUUCAUGCUCGUGUUAUGAAAAACACAAACAAACUAAAAAUGUCCAAUACUAAUUCAGAGUAUAUAUAUAUAUAUUAUAUGCAUAUUUAUACGGUUUAAAGAUUUUUAUUAUACUCAAGUUGUGGAUUAACAACAUUUGGUAGGUAUUCAGUUUACAGUAAAAAUUCUACCGGUAACUCUAUACCCUGGGAUAAUAUUCUAAGCUCUCUGUCUAUCUCUCCCCCUCCCCCUCCCCUCUC